UUUGUAGUAACUGCCCUUGUGAAAGCGCGGUUUAUGGUGCCAGUGUCCCGGUCGCGCUACCCCGAGGACACCCCAGCCUCUAGGAGACGGCGACGCAGCUCGUCGGGGAGCCUGCCUUCCGCGCAGACCAGACCAUCCCCGUGGGGGAGCCGUUCCCAAUCCCACUCGCACUCCCGCGGCCGCGAGGGCCUCAGGCCUCAGUGGGGUGGGUCGGGCGUCGGCGCUCCUUGUACCUUUAGCCGCUCUGGAUCUCGGGAGCGGCCCACCAGGCUCCGCAACUACGCUUUCUCGUCCUCUUCUGUCUACUAUGGCGGAUACCACUACCAUCACCACCACUAUGCGGGCGACAGGCAGUGGGCGGAAGACUAUGAGAAGGAGAAGGAGGAGAGCUAUCGUCAGGGGAGGCUGAAAGAGAGAGAAAGGACUGGGGAGUUGGGAGCACCUGAGGUGUGGGAGCUGGGAGCACCUGAGGUGUGGGAGCUGUCUCCAGAGUUUCCUGAGCCAGAUUCUGGUGAACACACCCCAGUUGAGGAUGAAGAGGUAAAGACUAAGAAGAACAGCAGUUCACGUUCCCGCUCCGAAGAAAAAAGGAAAAAGGCCAGUAGUUCAAAAAAUAAGAAAAGAAAGAAAAAGUCCAAAGGAAAACAGAGGAAAUAUUCUGAUAAUAGCGACAGUAAUUCAGACUAUGACACUAGCUCUGAUGAUGAUAAAAAGAGAGCAACAAAAACCAAGAAAGAGAAGAAAAAGAAGCACAGAGCUAAAAAGCCCAAGAAAAAGACGAAGAAGACUAAAAAAGAAUCCAGUGUCAAAAGCUGUAAGGAUUCAGAAGGGGAGUUGCCAGAAGAUAUCUGGAUUGAGCAGCAAAAGAUUGCAGAUAACAUGGCUCUAAUAGGUCCAGAGGCACCUAUAAUACACACCUCUCAAGAUGAGGAACCUUUGAACUACGGCCAUGCUCUGCUUCCAGGUGAAGGUGCAGCUAUGGCUGAGUAUGUAAAAGCUGGAAAGCGUAUCCCACGAAGAGGUGAAAUUGGGCUGAGAAGUGAAGAGAUUGCUUCUUUUGAAUGCUUAGGUUAUGUUAUGAGUGGUAGCAGGCAUUGCAGAAUGGAGGCUGUGCGACUGCGUAAAGAGAACCAGAUCUAUAGUGCUGAUGAGAAGAGAGCCCUUGCAUCCUUUAACCAAGAAGAAAGACGGAAGAGAGAUAAGAUUCUAGCUAGUUUCAGAGAGAUGGUGUACCGAAAGACAAAAAGGAAAGAUGACAAAUAACUUUUGUUCUAUAGCUGGACUUUUAAGAAUUUUAUCUGACCAAAAUUAAAAGGCUUUAUGAUGCUGCUGUACCUACUAUAAGUUCCUCAAGAAAAAACUGCUUUUUGAGAUCUCUUUAGCAAUUUAUUUUUUGUUAUUUUUAAUUCUAAAAGUAAAAUGUGCACGUUUUUAAAAAUAUUCAAACACUACAGGAGGAAAGUCAGUAAAAUGUAAGUCUUUUACCCCAGCCCCUGAUCCUUCUCCCCAAAGAAAUCUCUUUUUGGAAUCUUCUAUAUCUGUCCAUAAGUUCUGUGUAUAUACAAGCAUGUAUGUUGCAGGCUAAAAAUUGGAUCUGUUAACCUGAAGGGUUUUUUGUUUUUUUCCCUGUUGCUCCGACUUUUCUCUCUUUGAGGGCUUCAUUGCCUCAUGGAGCCGUUCAUUUACCCCAGGGAGAACCAGAAGAACCCCAGAAAGAACAAAGGAUUCAAUUGAGUGUAUAUUUCUGGUUUCCAUUUAACACUGAGUUAAAAAGUAGAGGUUUAUUGGCUCAUUUUCCUCUUCAGGCUGGUUUCCCUUAAAUAACGAAAAGGCUGCCAAAGUUCCUGAGUUUGGUUAUAUAUUUUCCUGGUCCACCUAUGAAGAGAGAACAUUUUUGUCCUGGCAUUCCAAACAAGAAUACGAGAUGCAGCCUAAUUAGAUUAGCUUAGGUCACAUGCCCUUCCUCACAAAAGGAAUUGUUGCAAGGGAAAUAGAAUGGCCUACUCCUGAAUCUGCAGGUUUUGUCACCCUAAUGGGCUACAUGGGCAAGGAAUGGAUACCUGAGUGAAAAUCAGAGUAAUGUUGGGAAGGGGGGGUAGGCAACCAACAAAUGCCCACUACAGUUUUGAAUGAUUUUUUUUUAAAUAUAGACUAGAGAGUACAGGUGCUGAAAGCCAAAGUUUUCUUGAAGAAAAGCUUGGCUUUGACUUAGAAGCCGAGUACCUGAUUGAAGGGGUGAUAGGAUUUAUCCAUAAAAAUAGACAUAAAAAAGAUAACGAUCCAGAGUGCCUGAGUAUUCCAAAGAGUAGAUUAGGCACCAGCUAGACUAGGAGGAGAAAGAACAAAAUGAGAAUAAAGGAGGAGCUCAUGAAAAGGAGAUCAGAUCAGGUGGGACCAGGUGGGCAAGAGAGUUAGCAUUGAGAGACUGGCUAGCACCAAUGCUGGAAAAGACUUUUAGGGUGAGCUCCACUCAUGUUCUGUGGUAAGGCUUUUGUUGUCAUCCAGUGACAUCUUCCUGAACUCUGAGACUUCAGCGCUAACCAAGCUAAUUUGGAUAAGCCCCUUUUCAAGGCUCCAGACCCUGGUAACCCCACAGAGCUGAAGGAGAAGGAGUGCAGUUCUAGAAUCUGGCAGGGCAGAGUGAUGUAGAAGGGCACUUUUACCCCAGUAUGUGACUUGAUUGACACUGGACCACACUAGCUUGAGAUUUUCCCCAAAGAGAGUUGGGUGAAAGCCGCCUUGUUACAUAUGUAUAUUUCCAUUUUUAGAAACAAACCGUACCACACUAUACAGAUGGAUCUAUACCUUGCUUUUUUCACUAAAUAUAUAUUGGAGAUAUUUUAUAUCAAUGCAUGUAAAUCUAUCUCUUUUUAAUGACUUUAUAAUAUUCUAUUGUAUGGAAGAACCAUGUUUUAUCCAAUGUUUAAGAUGUUUUCUGUAUUUUGGUAUUAUACAAUACUUGCAGUGAAAAUCUUUGUGGAUGUAUGAGAGUAUUAUCUGUAUCAUACUCAUCUAGAAAUAGAAUUAAUUAUUGGGUCAAAAGUCCUUUGGGUCAUCUAAAAAUGGCCAUCUAGAAGUGGAAUUAUUGAAUCAAAGGGAAGAUAUUUAUAAGUGCUUUCUAUGUGCUAGGCACUAUAGCAGAUAUUAGGGAUAGACCAAACAGCAAGUUAGGCUUGAUCCCUGCCAUCAAAGAAUUUUACAUGCUACUGGGAUACUUGUAACUCAUGGCUGUAAUGCAACAGUGCCUCUGAUCAUAUAGAAAAGGAAGCUUUUAUUUUAAAUAUCCUAUGAAUGGACCUGAUGGAAACAUAUAGACGACAGUUUUGUUUACAAAAAUGAGGAUAAUCCUGGAAAAUGAAAAUCUCAAGUUCGAAAAUUGAUUCGUAUUAUUAGUGAAAUGUAGCUCUGUCCUGGUAAAAAUUGCAUUUUGAUUUGUUCUCACCUUUUCUACCUCUACCCCUUCCAAAAGAUACAAACAGACUACAUAAAAAUGCACACCUUGAAUUUUUGUUGAAAAACUCUUGUUUGUCAAGCUACAUUAAGUGUAUUUAUUUUCAUGGGAUAAACAACGCAAUGCCAAUAAUCUCAGCCUUGAUAAUAUGAGUGACAUUUAAGAAGCCAGCCAUGGUAGGGAGUUUGAAAGCGGGUAAAUGAAUUAGAAUACAUUUACUCCCUUUUAAAAUUAAAAUUUGUUUACUCCUUGCGUAAUUUUUUGGGGGGAAAGCACUAAUUUAUAAAUUUGAAAAAUCAGUUGUAUGUUUUCCCUUCAGGACAGAAUAUUAACUUCUAAUUAGUAAAAUAUUUGCAUUGACUAGAUUUGUUAGCCUAAGGAAAAGUUUGUUUUUUGUGUGUGGUACGCGGGCCUCUCACUGUUGUGGCCUCUCCCGUUGCGCAGCACAG